GUGGAACAAUCACAUAGGUCUACGUGUCUUCAUCCCACCCUAACGCCUAUUCUUUGGAGUAUCAUGGAGUUCUCUUUACUUUUCAUUGCCCUCCUUUUAGUUAGCAGUAUCAGUGGUAUCAGAGCAGAGGAUGAGGAAGCUGAGACUCCCUCGAGUAGCAAAAAUGACGAAGACCCCGUCCUUGUUCUCACCUCAGACAACUUUACUCAAACGAUCGAAAGUGAGAAGUUAAUCCUUGUCGAGUUCUACGCCCCCUGGUGUGGACACUGCAAGAACCUAGCCCCGGAGUACAAGGUGGCGGCGAGAGAGCUCCUCUCUCACGAUCCUCCCAUUCCUUUAGCUAAAGUUGAUGCAACCUCAAACGAAGAGUUGGCUCGUCAAUACGAGGUCACUGGGUAUCCAACAAUGAAGGUUUUUCACGACAAGGUUCCAUAUGAGUACGAGGGUCCAAGAAAGGCGGACGGGAUUGUGUCGUACAUGAAACGUGAGGCUAGUCCGGAUUGGAAACCACCCGUAGACCCUGUCCUUGUCUUAACCGCUGAGAACUUUACCGAGACGACUAAUAACGCGGACAUAAUACUGGUUGAGUUCUAUGCCCCGUGGUGCGGCCAUUGCAAGCAGUUGGCUCCGCAGUAUAAGAAAGCAGCCGAUAUGCUUCAAAGAGCAAAUACCGGGAUUAGUCUAGCUAAAGUCGAUGCUACAGUUGAAACUGAACUGGCUAAGAAAUACGAUGUGAGUGGUUUCCCAACCAUGAAGCUCUUUCGCCGAGGGGAAGUUUUUGAGUAUAGUGGACCACGGGACGCUCAAGGUAUCGCCACUUACAUGGUAAAACAAGCAGAGCCAGCUCUGAGUCUACUCGUCUCUCCGAAAGACCUUGGGUUUCUCCUUAAGGAGGAGACCCCAGUCGUUGUUGGAUACUUUGAGAAUGAAGAAUUAAGCGAGUUUAAAGCGUAUGCCAGUGUAGCUAAUGAAGGACGAGAGGAGCCUCUGCUGUUUCGAUAUUUUACUGAAGAGGACAUGGCAAAGAAAUACAAGUUGAAGCCUAAUUCGUUAGCAGUCUUCCUACCGCGUGUCCUACAAUCGAAAUUUGAGCCAAACGUAAAGUACUACAAGGGAACACUCUCAGGUCCUGCCAAGGAACUAGUCGGUGAGCUAAAGAAACUAUCACGUCCUAUAGUUGGGCUUCGUAAUCGUAACAAUGUCCCAGGCCUCUAUGCUACCUUCCCUCUCAUGAUUGGGUACAUAUCCAAUGAAGAUGAAGAGAAUUCUCUCGACUACUGGAGGUCAAAGCUAGCCCCAAUAGCAAAGAAACACAACGACAUCAUAUUUGCCAUCUCCUAUGAGGCGGAAUUCAAGGAAGAGCUAAAGGCACUGAAUCCAAACGAUGACAUGGAAGACAUAUUCUUUGUGCUCUGGGGAAACGAGAAAGAAAAGUAUACCUACUCCUCCGAUGAAGUGAGCUCCAAGGACAUUGAGAGGUUCAUUAAUAAUUACAAGACCGGGAAGCUAAAGCCUUUCCUUCGCUCUCAGCCUAUACCCGACAAACAGGCUGGGCCAGUCGUCACUGUCGUUGCAAAAACCUUCAAGGAGAUUGUAUACGACCCUAAGAAAGACGUUCUCAUAGAGUUUUAUGCCCCUUGGUGUGGCCACUGUAAAUCCUUAGCUCCAAAGUACAAAUCUCUGGCUAAGAAAUACAAAGACAACGAGAAACUUGUUAUUGCUAAGUUUGAUGCUACAGCUAACGAUGCCCCAGCAGAAUUUGAGUUCAGCGGAUUCCCGACUUUGUUUUUUGUGGCGGCCGGUGAAAAUAGCAAGCCUCUUUCUUACGAUGGGGAGACAGAAGUGAAGGCUAUGGUAGAGUUCUUGGAGGAGAAUGCUGUGUAUUCUCUUGGAGGUGGUAGUAAGGAGGAGCUCUAACAUGAGGGGCUGAGACACUUUUGUAUUUCAAACAAUUUAAUGUUAUAGCUAGGAGUUGUAUUAUUAUUUUUCAAUUUUUGAGGGCUGUUAAUUUUUUUGAAAUUAUUGAACCUACAACUGGA